AGUGUGUUGUGUGUACACUGUGUGAUGUGGUCAAUGGAUUAUGUGUUUUUGCGCGAGAGCUUAUCUAAAGUUUUGAUCCAUCUAGCGGAAAUAGGACGUGGUCUACCGCCGUGAGUGGCACGGGUGACUUCUGGCUAGAGCUAGGUGAAGUCCCAGUUUGCGGCUCUACGUAUUGUCAUUACAUUCUUUUUUGUUGUGCAAUUAUAACAUUAUGAUUCGUAGGAAAUCUCGCCUCCUUUUGCUUAUUGUAGCUGCAUGGGUAUUAGGUAUGAUCGUGUAUAUGUACAACUCCAGUGAUGAGCCAAACGAUUACAGCUUACCAUUAGGUGAUCAUGUAAAAGAGCAUGGGAAAUUACUUCACAGUGACAACGACUGGAGGAACUUCGAUGUACAGACGUAUAUAGCAAAAACCAAAGUAAAACCGGGCGGUGAUGCUUAUAUAAGGAAUAAAUUCAAUCAAGUAGAAAGUGAUAAAACACCAAUAAGUAGAGAUGUACCAGAUUCUAGAAACUCAAAAUGUAGAUCACUAAAUUGGAAUGUAGAUUCUUUACCUGCCACUAGUGUCAUUAUUACUUUCCACAAUGAAGCUAGAUCAGCACUUUUACGGACAGUUGUCAGUGUUUUAAGAAGAAGCCCACCACAUUUAAUCAAGGAAAUUAUAUUAGUUGAUGAUUUCAGUGAUGAUCCCCAGGAUGGUCAGCAGCUUCAACAGAUUGAAAAAGUUGUAGUUUUACGGAAUGAAAGAAGAGAAGGGUUGAUGCGGUCUCGUGUUCGGGGAGCAGACUAUGCUUCGGCGGAAGUUCUAACUUUUCUUGAUAGUCAUUGUGAAUGUAACCAACAUUGGCUCGAACCACUUCUUAUACAGGUUCAGCAGGACUGGAAAGCUGUUGUUAGCCCAAUUAUUGAUGUCAUAAACAUGGACACGUUUCAGUAUGUCGCAGCAUCCGCUGAUCUAAAAGGCGGUUUUGAUUGGAACCUAGUCUUCCGGUGGGAUUAUAUGACGGCGACAGAAAGGAAUUCAAGACGAUCAAAUCCAGUAUCAUCUAUAAAAACACCUAUGAUCGCUGGUGGUCUUUUCACAAUUUCAAAAAAGUGGUUCGACGACCUUGGAAAAUAUGAUAUGAUGAUGGACAUAUGGGGAGGUGAAAAUUUAGAGAUUUCAUUUCGUGUGUGGCAAUGUGGAGGAACGUUAGAAAUCAUUCCAUGCAGUCGUGUAGGCCACGUUUUCCGUAAACAGCAUCCGUACACAUUCCCAGGUGGAAGUGGGAAUGUAUUUGCAAGAAAUACAAGACGGGCAGCGGAGGUUUGGAUGGAUGAUUAUAAAGAAUUCUAUUAUGCAGCUGUGCCGUCUGCUAGGAAUGUACAGUUUGGAAAUAUUCAAGGUAGAUUGGAAAUCAGAAAGAAACUAAAUUGCAAGCCAUUUAAGUGGUACCUUGAAAAUGUUUAUCCAGAAUUAAGGGUACCAGAUAAAACAGAUAUUGCAUUUGGGGCUUUACAACAAGGGAACUUAUGUAUAGACACUUUAGGACACAUUCAUGAUGGCACAAUAGGAGUAUAUGAAUGCCACAAUAGUGGCGGAAAUCAAGAAUUUUCUUUAACCAAAGAUAAACUUAUAAAGCAUGCAGAUCUUUGUUUGACUUUACUUGACAAGAGUCCAGGGUCUGAAAUUAAACUACAUGGCUGUCACUCGGGCAAUAAAAAUCAGAAAUGGGAACGAAAAGACCGUCAUUUGCGAUUUGGUUCCAGUAAUCUUUGUAUUGACAGUAAAAAUUCAAAAGGGCAGGCACUGGUUGUUCAAGAAUGCGAUCGUACAGCAUUAACGCAAAAUUGGAAAUUCUCAAUGAACCACUUAAAACAAUAGUAUUUGUUAAAAUUAUAAUUUUUAAUCUAGUUUUAAAUGCAAGUUCUAGAAGUGUGCUGAUUCAGGAUGUUUUACCUCUUCCUGUCAUCUCGGCAAACUUGUUGAAAUGUUAACGCUGUCGCUCAAAAUCAAAAUGAAACCAUGUGAACAUGCCUUUUAUAACAGAAAAACUAAAAUGUUCCAUAUUUCUGAUCUGGUUGUCUGCUGCCCUCUUUUGUGUGAUCAGAUGUCAAAGUAGAUAAACAUUCAUCCAGAGGUAUUUGAGGUUUUUGUGCAGAGAGUGGAAUCUCUUGUAUUUAUGUCUGGAAGCAAAAUUGAAGGUUACCCAACUGUUUUGUCAUAGGAAGGUUUAACAAAUGGAUGUUUUUCUGGACACUGAAAUCAACUCUUCACUUGUACAAUUAGAUUUAAAUCAUUUUAUUAUAAAAAAAUUAUUUUAAAUUAAUUUUUUUUAGCUUUGAUAGACUAACAUCCUGCAAAGGUUAUGUUUAUAUUUCAAUAACCACUUUUCAAUACAGAUUGCAUAAAUUUUUUAGUGGAUCUGUUUUUGAAGUGACCAAUUCAUUUGAACAUCUCGCGGUUUACUAAUUUCAAAAUUCACAAACUAAUGAAUUCUUGUAAACUUUAGACGUUUCUGGAACUUAUCCGGCAACAUUACCGACUAGGUAUUACGCCGCGAAUGUUAGCCGCAUGCUGUGUGAAAAUAUCAGAUAUAAUUAGACAGGCCUUGCCUCCAGCUGUGAAACGCACAUGGUAAAACAGAAAGAGGACAGUUUGGCGCAACAAGAAUGAUUUGGUGUCCCGACCUCGAGGUCGGUGUUUCAAUCCGUUGUUGUGCAUUUCCCUUUUGUGCUUGAGCAAGACACUUUAUCUGCAUUGCUCCUCCCAACCCAGGAGUAUAAAUGGGUACCUGGUGGGGUUGCCUGCUCCUGUGCUGAUUACCAGCAGCAACCCAAUGUGGACCCAAUGAUCAGGGAAAACAACUGCGCUUUAUAACCGCAAGGAAGAACCACAAGGAAAAGGCGCAUUAUAAAUGCCCAUAUCAAUACCAGUUCUGUUUUGACAGCAGCAUGACAACAGCCUGAAUAAUAUUAAAACUUUUCUUUGUAUUGCGAUUCAUUAUCAUGAGACGCCACUGUCACAAUUACGCAAUUGAACUGGCUCGCUGGAAUUGGCAAUUCUUCCAUGAAAAAACAGCGUGCAAUGAAAUCAAACCUGCUAGAAACUUCAAUGUUGAAAGUUGUUCAUUUGAUAUGCAUCACUGCACGUGACUGAAACUAUUUGCCGAGAGCUAUACCGUGAUUUUUGCAGUAAUGUUUCCAGGGUCAGAGAUGGUUAGUCAAAUUGCCAUUUUUGCAGGCAAUAUGUUCAACUGCUAACCAGCAAAAUUGGUGACUGGACCUUUACAGAUAGAAAUCAAACCGGUAAUGCUUAUGGCAUUAUGACCCCUUUAAGGGCUCUCUCUAAAAAUGUUUUUAGUAUGCCUGCAUGCCUAGCCUUAGCUGAGGUCUAAAUCAUGUGUUUGUUUCUUCAAUAAAAAAAAAGGGUGACAUCAUCUUUUUUUAAGCUAAAUGAUUAAAAUGGGGUUUUUUGUUGGGUGGGGGAGGGGGUGUAUACUAUCAUCACAAAUCAGUACUGUAAUAAAUUUUUCAGAAUUAUUCUCAAAAUUAAGAGAGUAUAUAAUAUAUGAGAUAAAACAUUUACCUGUAAAGUACAGUAGUUACAUGCCAACAUAGCAUACAGUGGCAAUUGAUAAUUAUAGAAUUACGCUAUUUUCUGUACGCAGUAUUCAUCGGAGUUGAUCGUCUCCAUCGGGGAGCUGACUAUUGCGAAUCCUUGAUACUUCAUAACUAAGUCUGUAAGACUUUUUUCAGUUUUCAGACUGUAAGAUUUGAAUGCAAGCAUCUUAACCACCAAACCAUAAAUCCACCUGUAAGGAGAAUUUGCAUGAUAUGUAGUAUUAACUGAGUCAACUGCAGACUGCUCUGUUGUGUAGAUGUAAUUGUGAUAGCUGCCCCUUUGCUAUGAAAGAGUCUUUUGCGAGACCUCAUCAAGUAUUGACAAAAGUACAUCUCUCCAAAUUUAUUACUAUAUUUGUUCUUUUAUAUUGUUUUACAACUAUUUUCUUUUUUUUUUUUUUUACCAAAUUUAUAGAGGGUGGACCCUUCCAGCCAUAUUCAGGGCCUAUAUUUAUAGUUAGAAACAUGACUAGACUGCAAUUGUCUAUGUAAUUACUGAAUGUUUGUUAUCUGUAUCAAAAACCAGCUAUGUUACAUCGUCAUUGAAUGCUCAUAACAACUUGCCCAUUUUCCUCAAGUUCCAAGUAAAUAUUUGUAUGAAAUUUCCUAAUUGUUGACAUUUUGAUAACUAUUAAUGAUUUAUAUGAAAUUUAGGUUUGUUUACGGAUCUUAUAAUUGGGUUUAUUGCAUUGCUGACGAUAUAAUUAAAUUAUUUCAACAUUGCUAAAGAUGCAUACAAAGAAAUCCAUUCAUUUUAAAAUUUUAUAAUCUUAUUAUUUUGUUCUUCCGUUGUCAUUGAAAAUCUUCCACAAAAGACUAAAUAUUUUGAAACUGAUUCAAGUUCAUAUUCAUAACUAAAGUUACUGUAAGUUUUUUAAAAAGUG